AUGUCUUCACCAACAGACGAUUUGCCGGACGACGAGACGUGGUUCACCAGUGCAGUUCUACAAGAUCAACUUGAUCACACUGUCGAAAAGAGCCCUGAACCCGAAGUAAUACCUCGAAUCCCAGCAUUGAGCAAUCAUUCUCCACUCACGAACUGGAAUCCCUAUUCUUCUCGGACAUUUGUCCCCGACCUUGGUUUCAUGCCUCAACCACCGAGUCCUUCGAUUCAUGAUACCGAUGGGGAAUACGAACUUGAUGAGGAGACAGCAGAUCCUCCCGAUUCAGUGAAUGAAAGUCUUUCAACGACAUCAGCAGACCGAACCACAUCAACAGAUCAACUCACUACCGAAGAUGAUGAUGACUCUGCCGUGAAUUCACCCGGUUCUGAUUCCUGUGCCGGAUUUGAAGAGGAGGAAACAGAUGACGAUCAUGAUGAUGACGAGACAAAAGAAGAGUUCAAAUCGAGACUAAUCUAUUGGAUCGCACAGAUGAUGUUUGUUAGUGGUGAGACUGCAGAACCAAGUCCCGAGACAACAUGGAUGAUUGAAGAAAUUGUACGAGAACAAGUUCUAGAAAUGCUCCAGCAAGCCACCAUUCUCGCCAAUCGUCGCGGCUCUAGAUCUAUCUCAAUUGUGGACUUGAUUUUCCAGAUUCGUCACGACCGCGCCAAAGUAUCCCGUCUGAAGACUUUCCUCUCGUGGAAGGACGUGCGCAAGAAUGUUAAGGACUCUGACGACAAAGGCGGUGGUGAUGCAGGCGAUGUUGGUGAUUUCGAUGAGGCAUCAGGAGGCGUCAAUCCGUCGGCUCCACAGAAAUCCACAGGAACCAAGAAAGCCAAACUCAUUCUCCCUUGGGAAGUCCAAUCCUUUUAUUCAGAACAAGUCCCGGAACGCGACGACGAAGAAGACGAGGAGGAAGAGGAACAAAACGAAGCAACUCUAGCACGACUCGCCUCAGCAGAUGAAAGAACCAAAAACAUGAGCAGGGAGGAGUAUGUCUUCUUCUCAGACUGUCGACAAGCAAGUUUCACAUUCCGUAAGGGUAAACGGUUCAGAGAGUGGGCUGGCUUUGGCACCAUCAUCGACAGCAAACCAAAUGACGAUGUUGUUGACAUCCUGGGUUUCUUAACCUUUGAGAUUGUGCAAACUUUGACUGAGGAGGCAUUGAAAGUCAAGGCAGCGGAGGAUGUGGCUAGUAAGAAGGCUUCAGGAGGAGUUGCUGGUCAGGAGGCAUCCAAGAAGCGAAAGCGGGAGGUUUGCAGCCUUUUCGAGAUGCCUGAGGAAGGUCGUUCACCUGUGGAAGCGAGGCAUAUUCGCGAAGGAUUUCGUCGACUACAGGUCAUCCAUCCAAAAUAUACCUUCCUGAGACCAGGCUUUGCAGGAAUGCGUACAACCCUCAGGCUUAUCUAG